UUCCCUUUUUUUUUUUUUUUUAAAGAAACAAAAAAGCCUUUUUAAGCUUUACAUAUUACCAUUAGUCCAUUACUCCUUUGAUAAAUCUGGAGAUAAUCAAGAAAAGAAUCAGAAACAUUUUGUGGUAGUUGAGCGAAAGAGAUAGUGAAGAAGAUGGAGACCAAACCGACAGAGAUUGGCAGUUCAAAGAUGUUUGGAGGAUACAACAAAAGAUACAAGCAUUUCAGUCCAACCCUUGGCUGUUCCAUGACUUUCCAUAUCUACUUCCCUCCUUCUCCUUCUCCUUCCCACAAAUUCCCUGUACUUUACUGGCUUUCUGGGCUUACUUGCACUGAUGAGAAUUUCAUAAUAAAGUCAGGAGCACAGCGUGCUGCUUCAGCUGAGGCUGUUGCUCUAAUUGCCCCUGAUACAUCUCCAAGGGGCCUGAAUGUGGAAGGAGAGGCAGACAGCUGGGAUUUUGGUGUAGGUGCUGGAUUUUAUCUUAAUGCUACACACGAGAAGUGGAAGAACUGGCGUAUGUACGAUUAUGUUGUGACAGAACUGCCAAAACUUCUGAGUGAAAAUUUCCCUCAACUUGACACAUCAAAAGCAUCUAUUUCUGGUCAUUCUAUGGGUGGGCAUGGUGCUCUGACAAUCUAUCUGAAAAAUCUUGACAAGUAUAAGUCAGUAUCUGCCUUUGCACCCAUUGCCAAUCCUAUAAACUGCCCCUGGGGUCAGAAGGCAUUCACAAAUUAUCUUGGUGAUGACAAAGCUGCUUGGGAGGAAUAUGAUGCUACUUACCUGAUCUCAAAGUUUCAUGAUGUAUCUGCUACCAUUUUAAUUGAUCAGGGGGAAGAUGACAAAUUCUUGCAUGAUCAACUGCUAGCACACAAGUUUGAGGAGGCAUGUAGGAGUGCUAACGUUCCCGUGUUAUUGCGAUUGCAGCCUGGUUACGAUCACUCCUACUUCUUCGUUUCCACCUUCAUUGAUGAUCACAUCCGCCACCAUGCUCAGGCUCUUGAGCUCUAAUUUCAGGAGGUUUUGUGCACUUGGAAAAAUAUAGUGUGACCUUAAACAAGUGUGGGAGUUUUCCUUAAUAAUGCUGCUGUUUCUUUUUUAUUAUUCACUGCUUUUGACUUUACUUUGGAGUGUUGAGUAAUCAUAAUCAAAUGAUUAUGCUAAAUAAUCCUAAAAUAAUGCAAAAUUUAAGGAUAAAAGAUUUUAUGUUUCUUGUUGGAAUUUCCUGGAUCAUUAUAUGUUUUUUAAAAUUUUAUAUACAUUUUCCUAUACCUUCGUGACAGAGACAGUGAAACUCCUUGACCAUCAAC